CUCUGUUACGUCUGACAAUGUGGACGGAGGUGGUGAAGAUGUCUACGAGAAGAAUGAAAUCAUCUCAGUUGUAACAACAACAAAAAAAAAGGGACGACGAGAGAUUAGUUACUAUAAUAGAUUUGUUUGCACUCAGACUUUGAUACGUUGAAGCAAACACGUGGGCGCUGCGUGGAAAAAACGGGCUUUCCGGGACAAAAGAAAAAGACAUCCACUGUGUUCUAAUGCGUUUCAUGCGCUGAGCUCGAAAUUGUCUUGAAGUUUUAUGUUUUUCCCCUCGCGAGUCUCUCCGCUUUUCUUUUUACCGCUGGAUACCAGGCAGUUGGAGAGGAGAGGGUUUAUUAGAAGCUGAAGGGUAUGAACGAACAGCAGCAAAGAAUGGCUGCAGUGGAAACGGACAAGGAACUCAGCGAUCUCCUGGAUUUCAGCGCGAUGUUUGCACCCCCAGUAGCCAAUGGAAAAAACAGGACAAUGACCCUGGCCAGCACUCAUUUCACUGCACCUGAUGAGCGCAGUGGCUCUGGUUCCUGGGGCUCCACAGAACAGAACAGUCCCCCAUUCAGCCAAGGACGGAGCUAUGGAGAGGGAUCCCACUUCAGUGAACAUGAAGGCCUAUCUUCUCCGUUUAUCAGUUCAGGGAUCACUGGUAAAAAUGAGAGGCCACCCUACUCUCCCUUUGGAAGCCAGCAGGGUUUUCUUCCCAGUGACAUAGCGAUGCCCAGUCCUGAUGCUUUGUCUCCCUCUGGUCUAAAGUCUGGCUCUCAGUUUUACCCGUCAUACCCCAACAACCCCAGAAGAAGGCCGCCUGAUGGAGGUUUAGACACCCAGCCAAAGAAGAUUCGGAAACCCCCUGGCCUACCAUCCUCGGUGUAUGCUUCCACAUCUAGUGAGGAGUAUGUCAGAGACAACGGAGGAUAUCCUGGUGCUAAGCCCGGCACAGUUUACCCAGGCUCUUUCUACAUGCAAGAAGAUCCUUGGUCAUCUUCUGGCUAUUCUGGGAUGCUGAGUAACUCCCCUCACAUUGGACAGCCUGGCUCGUUCCCUUCAAUCAACCCACAGGAAAGAAUGAACUAUUCUCUGCAUAGCAGCGAAGUCAACGGCUUCCACUCAGCUCCCACCACCUACAACCACACACCAACCAUCAACGGAGAGGGCAUCAUGGCCAGCCGAGGUACUACAGCCAACAGUUCAGGAGAUGAGAUUGGAAAGGCUCUUGCUUCAAUCUACCCGUCGGACCACAACAGUAAUAAUUUCUCUUCGGCCCCGUCCACUCCUGGCUCUCCUCAGGCCAUUGCAGGAGCUCAGUCUCAGUGGCAAAGACCAACCACACCCAGCUUUGAAGGGCCGCCACACACGCUGCAGAAUAAAAUGGAUGACCGCUUGGAGGAGGCCAUCCACGUGCUGCGCAGCCACGCUGUGGGCCAGGGUCCAGCCUUAGAAGGCGCUCACUCCGACAUGCACAGCCUCCUGUCCUCGGUGCACAACGGUGGCCUCGGAGGCCUCUCUCCAGCUUUUCCCAAUGCCAGCCUCGCCCUCAGCAACAGACAUCCUGCUAUGCAGGGAGGGAAACACGAGGAAGCCACAGGUCUUCCUCCCAGCAGCACUCUCCUUCAUGGGCAUCAUGCAACUGGACCAACACCAUCAGUCGGACAGCCAGAAGGCUUCACUAGUCUCCCCGGUGGUUUGGCUCGAUCAGCACACUCCUCCAGCAGCUCAGACAUCAAACGAGAAGACAAAGAGGACGACGAAAACUCUUCUGUUGCAGACAAGUCAGAGGAGGAGAAGAAGGACUCAAAGAUGGCACGCAGUCGAACAAGAAAGGAGGCGUUGACCCUCCCGGUGCUUUCUGGCCUCUCAGAGGAGAAGGAUGAUCCAGACAAUGAGGACGAUGAGGACCUUCCCCCUGAGGUGAAGAUGGAGCGUGAGAGGGAGCGACGGGUGGCUAACAACGCCAGAGAGCGUCUCAGAGUAAGAGACAUCAACGAGGCGUUUAAGGAGCUCGGGAGGAUGUGCCAACUGCACCUCAGCCACGACAAACCUCAGACCAAACUUCUCAUCCUUCACCAAGCCGUCAACGUCAUCCUCAAUUUAGAACAACAAGUCAGAGAGCGCAACCUAAACCCCAAGGCAGCGUGUCUAAAACGGCGUGAGGAAGAGAAAGUGUCUGGGGUGGUGGGCGAAGCCCCCAUGCAGCUCUCAGGAGGUCACCCCAGCAUGGGAGGGGAAGGCCACAAUCCAGUUGGCCACAUGUAACACCAGAUCUGGUGGUGUUUCUCUGGCUGUCAGAGGAUGUGGCCUUAACAGAUUUCUUCCACCCAUUACUCUUUCUGUGUGUGUGUGUGUGUGUGUGUGUGUGUGCGUGCGUGUGUGUAUGCGUAUGUGUGUGGAUUGGGGAGGGAGGGGGCAUGUCUGUGUUGUCCGUUCAAGUUUUCAAGAUUCACACACUUGUACUCACAUGCAUACUGCCAAAACUGACACAGUGUGUUUUUCACACUCCCAGCCAUGACUACAAACUCAAAUGUGAAGAACUUCUUGUUUUUCUUAAGUUUUGUUUUAUACAUGUAAAAUGUUUAAAUUCUUUUUUUGUUUUUGUUUUUCACAUGAUGGUUCAACACCAGAGUUAUGUUUUGUCCUGCCACGUUUUGGGACUCCACACACUGCCAAGAGGUGCUCUGGUGGAGGAUUGGGAGCGGAGGAGUGGGGAGGGAAGGGAAGGGGGGAUGGAAAAAAGAGACGUAAACAAACACAAACUGAAUUGAGGAUUUGUGCCUAAUUGUUACAUGUUUUCUAUUUGACUUUAAGGCAAAAUUGCUGUACAUGUGAGGAACAUUUGUGAGGGAUUGCUUAUGUGUAUGAGCAAUUAUUUUUUAAUGUAUGUCAUUCCCAGUGUGAUGGUAAAAGUCUUACAUAUGUUAUGUAACACGUAGUUAAAGACGACUUGUCAAAAAAAAAAAAAAGAGUCAGUGACCUUUUUGCACGCGCGUGGAUGGAGGACAAAAAGGUCUGCCAACGUUGUUUUUUUUUUUGACAUUUCAAACACAGCUUACCUGAAAGAUGGGAACUCCUUGACUAUUGAGCAAGUCCUGAGGCUCAGAACCGGUCUCAACCUACGAGGCGUCUGGAGACUUGGAAUCAAAGACUUCUUCCUGGAAAGUUAUAAAUUAUCCAAGAAACAGAAUCUGUCAACACAAACAUACUGUUCUUCCUCGUUGUUGACCAGCUAUUCUAGUGUUUCUCCAGCAGCCCUUUGUUGUACAUUCAGGUUUUUGUACUGCUUUAUGUACUAAAGCAUUCACAGACUGAGACAAAGCACAGUUGUAUAGAUUUAGGCAGUUGACCUGUAUCACAUUUCACUCCCUAAGUCAUGUAUUAAAGCUACUCAAAUCACUCGGAGGUGAUCAGCACCACGAAGUGCUGUUUGUUGAAAUGGUUUACUGACAGUGCCAGCAGACUAAACAGCUCAAGUCCCCCCCCCUCCCCACCACCACCUUUUAUUGACCUGUAAAAUACAAAAAAAAAAAGUUUAUUUUUCACCACAGUUGUUAAAGCAGACUUUGUGUAAUUCCUAAAUGACCAUUCCCACUGAAUUACAAACCCCUCACCUUCCUCCCGAGUCAGCGUGUUCUCACCUUUCUUACCGAGAGAAGUGUGACGUGUAAAUUCACUUCAUGCAUUAUUCUGUUGCAUUUUUUUUUUCAAAAGUAAAUAUAUAUAAAAAUAUAUAUUUUUUGUUAGUCUAUACAUUGUAGAUUUUUUACAUAAAUGGCGAUAUUAGUUUGAAGUUUAGAGUGUAUUGUAGAUGAGCUGUAUAAGGGGAUAUUUACAUUUAAAUGGUGUUCAAAAGUUGAUUUGACAUCAAACUGGGAUGACAGGAAGAAAAAAAAUCAACAAAUGAUAAAUAAAGUGUUUGUAUAUCCUUUUUUUAAUUCCAAUUUUAGUUGUAAGGCGCAACAAAAGGAAUGCCUUUUUUUUUGUUCAUUUAGGCGUAAACGGACAGAGUUUGUGCCACAGUCAUGUUGAGGUGGUCUUACUUUAGCAACGAGGCACUGAUUUAAAAAAAAUGGAAAUGAUUUUUGUCUCCAACAGUAAAUAUUAUGCAACAGGUUUUUGAAUGUAGCUAACCAUACAAAUGUGGAUUGCCUUCAUUUUCAAAAUUGUGUUCCUAGGUUGUUUUUUUUUUGUUUGCUUUUUUUUUUUUUUUUUUUUUUUUUUUUUCGGUUUUUUUUUUUUUUUAGCACAGUGUAAAAGUUUUGAUUUCACUUUUUUUUUUCUUACGUCUGCCCUCACAUCGAGUGGCUCUCAGUGUGCAGCUCACUCCAGAGGCAGAUUUCUGGCUUUGUAUGUAAGGUAAUAAUGAGAACAAAUCAGUGUUAUUGUGAUGUUAUUCCCAUGUCAUGAUGUGGAUGGUUUCUUUUAAACAACAUGUAAUCACAAGUGGGAGGUGAAGCAUUUUUUUUGUGUGUUUAAUUUUUACAAAAAAAGAAAAGAAAAAAAAGAUGAAGAAAAAAAAAGAAGACCUAUACAAAUCAAUAGUGUGGCCUUUUCAUUCUCAAGACUUAAGAUGUCAUGAUGGGAGAGUGAUACCUUAUCAGUGCCUGAACUUGUAUUUUUCAUUUAGGACAGUUUUAUGUUGUGAACCAUAUCAUUUCAUUUAUCUUGGAGAUUAAAGAGGUACUUGUUCAUUCCCCCAUCCUCCCUUAAUACUUUUUUUUUCAUUAUUUUGAGGAAGAAGUUUAAAUGGUAUAAAGAGAUUUUCUUUCCUGUAUCUAGUUAAAUAAAUAAAUGUUAAGCAGA